AUGGGCGAGCUUCAUCUGCAGAUCUACGUGGAGCGUAUGAAGCGUGCAUACAGCGUGGACGUGGAGACUGGCUUGCCGCAAGUGAACUACCGCGAGACGAUUCGCCAGCGCAGCGAGUUCAACUAUCUUCAUCAGAAGCAAACUGGCGGGCGGUUCGGGUCAAUUCGCGCGUGUGUCACACUCGGUAGAUUCCAGCGAGCUUGCUUUCCGCACAGCUAUGGUGCUAGCUAUUCGCCAAGCGUUUAUGAAGGCCAACCGUGGAUCGUCGAGCCCGUCAUGGCGUUGGAGGUGGAAGUGCCCAACGAGUUCCAAGGUACGGCCAUUGCCGAGGUGAACCGUCGUCGCGGUCUCAUUAACAGCAGCGAUGCCGAUGACAUGCACGCGGUCAUUAAGUGCGACGUACCACUGCAAAACAUGUUUGGUUUCUCGACGGAUUUGCGGUCAUCCACUCGGGGCAAGGGCGAGCUCACGAUGGAGUACAAGACACAUGGCAUUGUCAUGCGUGACAUGCAGGAGAAGCUGAUGAGCGAGCACGAAAAGGCGCAAGCGGCUAAGAACAAGUAG